UGCUAGGGGCUAGGGCGCGCCGGCUUGGCUCGGCAGCACAGCAGCAGCCAGCGAGCCCAGCCGGGAGCCCGGCAGUGCAGCGGUGCGGAAGCCCACACCCGGAGCCCCAGAGGCCGCGACGCAAGACGCCGCGUCCGACUCCGACCGCGAGCGCCGCCGCCCCGAGCGGCGAGUGCCGAGGUCUAGCCGCUCGCCCGCCCGCCCGAGAGGCACCCCGCCGGCCGCCACCCCGUGCCCCCGCCUGGGCCUGGGCCCCUGGCGCUUGUCGCCGAGCCGGGCUGCGCGCGUGGCCGAGGUGCCGAGCAGCCGAGCAAGCAGAGCAGCGCGCCAGCGCCCUAGAACGGAACAAUUCAAAAGCCUACUACAGUCUCUUAUUUAUGUAAAGACCUUAUUUGAUGUAUGAAUCUAUGGUGUCUUAGACUGAAGAUCUCAGCAAAGCUUGAAAAGGUCUGAGAGAUGUCAUUGGGCUAUGCUGAGAAGCUGUCCUACCGGGAGGAUGUGGGUACUGUGGGAAUGCCUGAGAUCUUUGAGCCCCCUGAGCUAGUCCAGAAUAAGAUAGAAGAGCUUGCUGCCAUGGUGCAAAAGAGUAAGCAUUUAGUGGUGUUUACUGGGGCAGGGAUAUCAACUUCAUCAGGCAUACCUGAUUUUCGAGGGCCCAAGGGUGUCUGGACCUUGCAGCGUGCAGGAAAAGGUGUUCCUAAUGCAUCACUUCCCUUCCAUCGUGCUGUUCCAAGCUUGACUCAUAUGGCACUAGUCGAACUGGAAAGAGGAGGGUUUCUAAAGUUCGUCAUAAGCCAGAAUGUUGACAGCCUACAUCUCCGUUCUGGUUUCCCAAGGGAGAAGCUGGCUGAAUUACAUGGCAAUUCUUUCAAGGAGAUCUGCCCAUGCUGUAAAACUGAGUACCUUCGUGAUUUUGAGAUUGAGACAAUAGGACUGAAGGAUACUCCAAGGCGUUGUUCUGAUAAGAAUUGUGGAGCUAGAUUAAAAGAUACAGUUCUUGACUGGGAUGAUGCUUUACCCCCUGAGGAGAUGAAUUCGGCCAAGGAGCAUUGUCGAUCAGCUGAUCUUGUCCUUUGUCUAGGAACUAGCUUGCAGAUUACUCCUGCAUGUAAUAUGCCUCUGAUGUCAAUCAAGAAUGGGGGGAGGGUGGCUAUUGUAAAUCUUCAGGCAACUCCAAAGGAUAAAAAGGCAAGCCUUGUCAUCCAUGGACUUGUUGAUAAGGUCAUUGCUGGAGUCAUGAGCAAGUUGAGUCUGCGAAUUCCUCCAUAUAUACGUACUGACUUUGUUCAGCUCACUCUCAGGCACUCUGUGAAAAAGAAAUGUGUUAGAUGGACUCUUCGAGUAACAAGUAUUCAUGGCCUCCGAGCACCGUUGCCAUUUCUUCAGUCUGUCAAGGUUUCCUUUCCAGAAAGACCUGACAUGAAGUCUGUAGUGCUUAAAGAGCAACCAUUCUCAUUGCAGAGGGAAACAUCAAUGAAUAAACCAUUUUUCAUGCUGUUGACAUUAAAUUUCAGUGAUGGUUGCAGCUGCUUGAGCUCAUCAAUCGGAUGGCCUGUUGAUUUUCAGAAGCAAAAAGACAGUUUCGUCAGAGAUAGAGCUCUAGUCCUAAAGGAGUUGCAGUCUGCUGCCGAGCAUGAGACUUGCGGUGGGCAACAAGAAGUUCUGGAAAGAGAGAUCCUGCCAAGAGCUGAGACAUCUAUUCAUGGAAUUGUAACAAACGUCGUCAGGUAUGACAUUGAAGCUGAAAAGUUGGCUCCACCCAAGGAUGAUUUGAUGAAUCACAGCCGCAGCAACCCUGCAAAACGGCACAUGGAAGGCACUGAUUGCCACUCGCCACUGCCAAAGAAACUGAAAUACUUUUUGAAAGACGAGAGGCUGAACUGCUAAAAGGGUAAGAGAGUAGAAGGUAGAUAGAGAAUGUUGUAGGUUUGUUUAUUUUGGUUAUUAGAUGAGUUACAUAGCAUAGAUGCAUGGGAGGUUCGCAUGCUAAAGUUGAACUCGUCUGGUGCAUAGGAAAGUUCGCUGACUUUUUGUAUGACUAGUUACUGCCGCGCGCGUAUCGAACAUGGUUCUCAUUCUCAUUUCUCAACAUGUAAAACUGAGGUUGGUUUGUAAAGAUUUUUUUGAGCGGCUAUAUAUCAAGAGUAUGGACUUUACA